UAAAACCGAGACAACCUGAAACGCAAGUAGCUUCCUGCCGGGUAUCUUAAGAAAGUUAGAAUAAAAUAAAUCUUUUUUCGAAAAAAAUGGCGAAAUCUUGCAAGGGGUUGGCUAUGGAGCUGGUGAAAUGUCUGAGUGAAUCUGAUUGUGUUAAGGUUGAGAAUCGGUCUUUCAGAGAGUGUGCUAAAGAAAAGAGCCCCGUUAUUUCUAGUGAAUGUGUUGGACUCAGAGAAACAUAUUUUAACUGCAAGAGAGGCCAGGUUGACAUGAGAGCAAGGAUUCGCGGGAAUAAAGGUUACUAAUUCAAUGGUUUUGUAGUAUGACUUCAGAGUUCAGAUCACUUUGGUUAUCGAUAGCACUUUAUUUGGCAAAAUGAAUCAUAGGAUUAGGGAUUGCAGCACAGAUAUCAUCGUUUGUAGCGCGAUUCAGGAAUAUUAUCUCGUCUAGUUUAUGUUCUUGUAAUGUGGUUGAUUCUUUUGUUAAAUAAAUAUGGCCGACCAUAUACUAUGAAUGUACAUAAAUUUCAUAGCGACAGGUUUUAUGUGUGGAUGGUGUUCAUUUGAUUGAAACCACUCCAGAAAUGAUAAAUACGUACCAUGUCUAGGUUAAAAUCACAUGUAGCCUGGCCAUAUAUACGAUUUACCAACUGCAGGAAGCAAAAUAUAUUGAGAGUUACAUCAGAUAAAUAAUAUUGAACCGAAAUUUUGUA